GCUGCUUUGCUUUGCUUUCAGCUGAAAUAGAGUGAGGGGAAACGGUUCGGGAACAGCCGGGCAGGCAGCCGUCCAGCGGAAAAACUCUCACUGAGCCCGCCACCCUAACACACUUUUUAGUUUGCAAUCAACGGCAGUGUUUUAUUGUCACGUUGUUAGUUGGUAUUCUUGCUUAAAUACAAGCUGAUUUUUAAUACUACAGAACAGGCCGAGUAAUAUCGGAUGUGGUAAGUUCUGCACACUUGUGUAAGCUCCCUUUCUUGGUAAUGUUAGCCCCAGCUAGUUGGCUAAUGUUAGCUAGUUAGCCUACAUAGCGGCACAAGUAUGGAAAAGUCGUUGGGUGGCUAGAUAGCCCAAAAGCUAGCAGCGUCCAGGCCAACAACUACGCAGUCGUUUGAUCUGCCUUAUUGAUAGUCGAUAAUGUGAGUUGCCGUCGGCUAUUCGAACCGUUUCAACUGCCCGUUAAGGCUAACCGCUGCUACCAAACCCUGGUCACGUAGCAGUUGACUCUGACCGUUAAAUUCGCUUUUUCUCAUUUAAUGUGCUGUGUUAAUGUGAGUCCUGUUGUAACAAAAGUGGACGGUAGCAUCAGAGCUAGUUGGCUACAAACAUUAGAUGGAUGUAGUAUUAAGAUGCAGACACUAGCUAAGUGCAUUACGUAGCGUUUGCUCGAACCCCCGGUAAUAUCGAUAGGUGAUUUUGGUGAAUAGUACGAUAGCCCGACAUCGGUGUUACCACAGUAACGAAAUACUUGCUCGUUUCUCUUGUUUGAAGCAGCAUGUUAACGUGACACAAUUAAUUUUCAGUCGUUUUGCACGGGUUAAACGCAGGAAAACAUCGUUUUUUUGUAUUUUUCGCACCUACAACCUGAGGAUGAGGACCCCCCCUCGACAUGUGUACCCGAGAAUAUGCGGCCCACUCUUCCCUGGGCCUUUGUCAUUUGCCAGGCACCCCCUCCCCCAAUACUCCUCUCUGCAAGGAAUGCUCACCCCUAACCUCCAUGUGACUAAGGGCCCAGACAUUCAGCAUCCUAGUAGCUAUCAAAUAGUCUGUACGCCUCGUACCUGUCCGACUUAUCGUUUGUAUCAGUGGGAUUUAUCAGGCUGAACUUGAGAAAGACCACCAUCUAAAAAAGGAAGCGCACGCAUGCAGUCAAUGUGAACCCCAUGGAUAGCUUCUUGAAUAGCGGCAUGUUUUGUGUGCGUUUGUGUCGGCUUUUUCAACAAAAAACACGCUAUUACUGAAACAAAGAUGCUGCUCCCUGUGGUACUCUUCCUGCAGAUGUCCCCAUGAAUUCUACACCAGAGGGUUCGCACUUGAACGUUACUUUGUUCGCCUUUAGUGUCCACGGUCUGUGUGUUUGAAAAGAAUUGUAAAAUGUUUCUGCUGGAGGACCUGCAGUUCAUUGUACAGUAAUAUACAAGGCAUGCGUUUUCUGAUAGCGAGGGGGGCGGGACAAACGCGCAUUGGCCUCGGGAUUGGCCAAUGAGAGACGAGCCUGGCUGAACAGCACGAGCCCAGCCACCCUUUCCUGUUGAAUAUUUUAGCCCCUGCGUCACAGCUCCCUCCGCCCCUUUCUCCUCAUCUGCCAUUUUGGUUUUGUUCCCGUCUGCAGUCGCAAAGCCAGCAACGCAAUUAUACAGAAGAGACUCAGUGACUCGACAAUAUAGUGUAGACCCUCCUAAUCCCUCGUCGCGUUUCUUUUCUCUGUACAAACCGCUCUUUUUAUUCCCGUCGUUAAUUCUGACAUCUAGACGCUGCGGGAGAGGAGCGGGUUCGCAUUGGAAAGGGACCGAGAAGGAUUAUUGGUAAGAAAAGGCAUAUCAAUGGAGCACGAGUCUAUUGGCUAGUCUUUCAUUCCCAUAAUGCUGAAAUUGAGCGAUAAAGUUGGAUGUUUGUUGUUGUUCGUCUUUGUAACAUUAAACCGUAGCGAUAGAGGAGUCAAGGCGGCUAGCUGUCAAAAUAAACCGGUCGCUGUCUCUUGUGAGCAGGUUGCUUGUAGCUACAGCUGCUAGCUUGUAAAGUUGUGUUCCGCACUGGGGUAAAUGUAGGCCUAGGCCGAGCCACUAAUGGAGAGAGGCUGACAGGCGGCUGUUUUCUUGCCUUUAACUUAUUAAUGUUCCGUCUCUGUCCACUCGCCAAAUCACUUAUCUGAUUAGUGCCGUGCUAUCUACUCAAUCUGUUACCUCUUUCUUGUCUUUGACCGAUAAUUGAUCCACCGUUCCCGUCCAUGAAAGGCUUUCAAUUGGUUUAGCAGCCAGGUAUUAGGUUUUUGCGGGGCGAACUACAGUAACAGUACUGACCGGGCGCCUCGAUGCUUUGCUGUAUCAUGCUGUGUGCUUUCAUUUUCUUUUCGACGAAACAGGAGUCGUUCGUGUUUCAAUGAAAUUUCGAUUUGAUUUAAUCUAAAGCAGCUGUGUUAUUUGAGAUUGUGGAAAGGGUUGCUAACGUGCGGAUAUAUUUAAAGGAGGUAAUCUAGAGGCGCUGGAUGCGGAAACCGUGCUCGUGUUUGCUGUGCGGUGGGAAUCUGUUCGAGAGACUGCGGCCUGUUUCACUUCCUGAAGUAACUGGGAUUGGCCGGUUUAAUCUGAAAAGAUCGUGCAAUUGGAUUUCUAAUUUUUCUCCUGCUAUUCAAAGCCUUUUGUAUCUUCGUUCGGAAUCUAGUCCCGGCAGUUAUUGUACGGUGUGUCCACACCUGCAAGCCACCGUGAGGUGUCACUUUACCGCAGUGAAGUUUUAAUGAUUCAGCUCUUUUUGCUGAAACGAUGUUGGCCGUCCUCAAACACCGGUAUAAUGAACAAUAGAAGUACAUAAACAAGCCAGUGCUGUCUCUGAGCAUGAAAAGAACUGAUAAUGGUGCUAUUCAUGUCUCCUCCUAGGCUCAGUUCGUUUUCUAACAGAUUUGUGUUUGGCAUGCAGCCAGCCCAGCUGCUCCCUAGACUAGAAAUCCUCUCUUCAACAUGAGGAGGAUUGGGUUGCAUUUACCUUGGAUACACAUGAUGCAGGCAGCUUUGAAUUAUAUAUUUAAUACUUUGAGUCUGAUUUGGAAUCCCAUUAGCUUUUGAAAACAUAUGGAUUAAGGACAUUUUUGUUAGAUUUUUUUUCACAGUGCCCUUUAAUUUCGAUGUUUCAUGUCAAUUUUCUUCCAAACUAUGACUAAUUUUAAAGUUUUGAGAUAGGACAGCUUUGUGUCUUAGAUGAACAGUUUGUAACACGAUGUGUUUAUGCGAAGAUGUCCAGCUCGCCGCUGUCCAAGAAGCGUCGCUUGUCAGGAACAGAGACGAAGACGGGAUCCCACUGCUCCUCCUCUAACUCUGUCAGAACUGAUCUGUCCCACACACCUGCCAACGUAAGUGAUGAUGCAUAAACUUACCAUAAAACACACACAGCCCACUUGUUAGUGAAAAGUUGUUUGUGAAACUGAUUGCAUACCCUCUUGUUCCUCCUCAGGGCAUGGCUAAGAAUGGCAAUGAUGCUGAGAUUGAUGAAGGCCUGUACUCCAGACAACUGUAAGUUUGUGAAUCUCUAGAAUUUUUGACCUGAGAAAAGCCGCCAAUUUUUAGUUUCCUUUAUUUUAUAGAGUGGAAAAGCAGUGUCUAAAUAUGCUGUUUGUAAUUUGUUUCCCUGUGUAGUUACGUGUUGGGCCAUGAUGCCAUGAAGCGCAUGCAAAACUCCAAUGUCCUCAUCUCUGGUAUGAGAGGUCUUGGAGUCGAAAUUGCCAAGAAUGUCAUCCUAGGAGGGGUGAGGAGUGUCACCGUUCACGACCAAGGAGUUGCAGAAUGGAGAGACCUCUCCUCUCAGGUGUGUGAAAGCAUGCAGAAAAUAAUCCCCCCUUUAAAGCCAUAUGUUGUUUUCAGCAGAUUUGUAACUAUGAACCAAUCUGAACUGGAUUUUGAUCAUUACAUUUGUUACACCAACACCGUAAGUUGGUAAAAUUGUCAUUCAAAUGUUUAAUGGUCCAGUUUCGAAGUGGUUGCCUGAAUAGGUUUGCUUAGGUGGCUGGUUAGGUAGCAUUAGUUUGCUCACCCUGAUAACUGAUAACAUGCAUAUUCCCCCUCAGAAAUCAGGCUGUUUGGGUUAAUGUGAUGGACAGAAAUCUAAGUUCAGUAAAACCUGCUGCAAGACAAAUGUCACCUGUUAGACCCCAUGACAAACCUGUUCUACAAAGCUUGCAUUAGUAAGAAAUAGCCUCAAGUAUUAAACACUUUUCUGCCAGCAAUGGUGUAGUGCAGUCUACUGCUUGUUUUGUCACCAGUUUAUAUGAUGCUUGGAGUGCAGUGGUAAAAUCAGCUUUAAUAUCACAUGAUAACCAUAUGUGACAGUCACAGAGUAAUUAUUAUGAAGGGGGUAAAGACUGUCUUGAAUAGUUUCAUUUAAACAAUGUGCCAGCAGCAUGUCUCUUCAGUAUAACUCAACACAAUGGGCUCUUUCAUUGAGCGUUUGUUUUUAUCUACUUUUAUUUAAUUGACCUUAAUUUUUGCUGCUUAGAAAAUAAAUGCUUUGUUUGAAGUACUAGCAGCGUUUUGGUUUCUCACCUGUCACAGUGAGACUGAGCAUGGAUGUGUAAUUAACAUUUCUGAUUGUUUGUUGUUUCCUGAGAUUGUAUAGUGCAUCUGGUCUUUUGCACAUGAAUAUUGAUUUUAAGUUUACUCUGGAUUAUUAAUUUACUUUGAUCCGAAUCAAAUGGUUCCAAAUCCAAAAGACACCAAGGCUUUCUUUGUUUUUAAUUCCUUGUUCUUGAAUGAAGUUGUAACCAUAAAAUAUUGUAUUGGAUCAUUGUGACUUAUCAGGUAGAGAUCAUACUCCUGGCAUUUAGUACAAAAAACGUGUUUCCUCGUUCUCUGAUUUGACCCAUAUUCCUUUGUCUCUUUGACCGAUUCCAAAGUGCAGGGGGCCGUUAUCUGGUGUUCGUAACUGGUGUUACACUGUUGCCAUCCAAAAAGAGCACCGCAGCCACCCCCACCCUUGCUACCCAUGGGCUGACCCAGAUUUAUCACUGGGUAGCCUCUCCCUGGGUUGUAAUCAUACUAAAGCUAAAGCCUGUUUUAGGACAUCAUUACUGUAGGGAGAUUGUUUCGGGUUAUUGGCCUGAGACCCUGAUUUCUUAAGUGUCUAUUCAAAGCCAAGCAGUAAAAGGGCAAAAAUAGACAGGGCAGGUGUUAAAUCAGGAGGUUCAGUAGAGCCCAGCCCCGCUUCAUUUUGUAUGAUAAUCAGGGAUAAUACUGAGAUCUGGAUCUGAUGAUCAAGGCUGAGUUUAACCUUGUACUCUUGUUUCUAUUUUUAACCCCUGGUAUUUGCCCCAAUUUUGCUUCUCAGUUCUCAUUCAAGCUCGACUGAAUACCCUUUAUUUAUUUCUGUUGCUUAAUUGACAUGACAUCUAUCUUUUACAAGGAGCGCUCCAUAAAUAGCCAGAUCAUGUCUACAAGAGGCUAAAUUUUGACAACCAACCUUUCUUGACAAGACGUGAUCUCCCCCCAAACUGAGAUUUUUUUUCUUUGUUUAAAGAGAAGCAGUUUCUGUGAAAACAUGAUGGUUUUGGUUUAAAAUAGCCUGAGUCUGAAUGACACAUGUUGGUUAGAUAUAUUUCAGUGUUCUGCAGCAGAUUUGUGUGCAGCCGCAUUGUCCCUUUAAACACAAUCUGAUCGCUAAUAUUGAAUGUCGGUUGAGCCCCUUCCUUGUAAUUGUUUUUUGUUUAUUUCUGUGCUUGAACAAUAGAUCAUAAUGUAGACAAGGAGGAGAACAGAUGUUGAAAUUGCUGAGGCCAAGUACAGUGUCUAAAUGUUCUCCUGUGGACUCUUAAUGAUAGCUGGGGUUGUUAGGAUGUGAAACUAACCAAAGGAGAUGAAAGGGGUCAGAACUCUGAAGUAAUUCAGUGUGGACGCUUUGCAAAACAAAAACCUGCUAACUUUUUCACGGCUAGAUGUUAUUUUUAAUUUUUAACAGAUUGUCUCUUGGUGUGAUCUUUUCUUUCCUUUAUAUUUCUAUUUGGCAUCAAUCCACUGUUGCUGGCUGAGUUUUUUUUUCCUCCUGAGUAUUUUAUUAGCCCUGACGGCCUUUAUUUUUAUUUAUGUUAAUUUAGUUUUACCUGCGGGAGGAGGACUUGGGAAAAAACAGAGCAGAGGUGAGUCAGCACCGCUUGGCUGAACUCAACAACUACGUUCCUGUGACCGCCUACACCGGAGCUCUCACCGAAGACUACCUGACCAAGUUCCAGGUAAAAACGGAGAGAGGCUCACGUCCCUGUCAUUCAGCAUUAAAUAGAAGUCACGGUGUUAACAUUUGUGUCCUGUGACCCAGGUGGUAGUACUGACUAACUCCACUCUGGAGGAGCAGCAGCACGUAGGAGAGCUCUGCCACAGCAAGGGAAUCAAGCUGAUCGUUGCAGACACUCGUGGACUAUUUGGGUAAAAUUCUGAAGCCUUUGAUUCUGCUUCACUUGAGUUCUUGCUCUGCAUAUCCUUCAUUUAUCCUCUCCAUAUGUCUGAUCUGUAUGUUUCUGUGUUCUGUUUUGUAGUCAGCUUUUCUGUGACUUUGGCGAGGAGAUGAUAGUGUAUGACACUAAUGGAGAGCAGCCAUUGAGUGCCAUGAUUUCUAUGAUCACAAAGGUAAGUCAGAUGAUUUUAAAACAGUUUUCAAACCACCCUAUUUUUCUAAUAAAAAAAGCAUCAACACUGUCUUUUUUUUUUUCUGCUAACAUUAAAAGGUGUUCUUUUUCUAUUGCAGGACAAUCCAGGGGUUGUGACGUGUCUGGAUGAGGCCCGUCAUGGUUUCGAGAGUGGAGACUAUGUCACCUUCACAGAGGUUCAGGGAAUGACGGAGCUUAAUGGCUGCCAGCCAGUGGAAAUUAAAGUCCUGGGUAAGUGUGUUUUUUUAUUUAGGAACAAGGACAUGUUUUUCUCCUUCUCUGGGGGAUGACUUGUACUAAUGGAUGUAACUUUUCCUUCGUCCAGGCCCCUACACCUUCAGCAUUUGUGACACAGCUGGCUUUACGGACUAUGUAAGAGGAGGAAUCGUCUCUCAAGUCAAGAUGCCCAAGAAGAUUGCUUUUGUAAGUACAGAUAUUUUUACACACUCAAUAUACACUCACCGGCCACUUUAUUAGGUACACCAUGCUAGUAACGGGUUGGACCCCCUUUUGCCUUCAGAACUGCCUCAAUUCUUCAUGGCAUAGAUUCAACAAAGUGCUGGAAGCAUUCCUCAGAGAGCUUGGUCCAUAUUGACAUGAUGGCAUCACACAGUUGCCGCAGAUUUGUCGGCUGCACAUCCAUGAUGCGAAUCUCCCGUUCCACAACAUCCCAAAGAUGCUCUAUUGGAUUGAGAUCUGGUGACUGUAGAGGCCAUUUGAGUACAGUGAACUCAUUGUCAUGUUCAAGAAACCAGUCUGUGAUGAUUCCAGCUUUAUGACAUGGCGCAUUAUCCUGCUGAAAGUAGCCAUCAGAAGUUGGGUACAUUGUGGUCAUAAAGGGAUGGACAUGGUCAGCAACAAUACUCAGGUAGGCUGUGGCGUUGCAACGAUGCUCAAUUGGUACCAAGGGGCCCAAAGAGUGCCAAGAAAAUAUUCCCCACACCAUGACACCACCACCACCAGCCUGAACCGUUGAUACAAGGCAAGAUGGAUCCAUGCUUUCAUGUUGUUGACGCCAAAUUCUGACCCUACCAUCCGAAUGUCGCAGCAGAAAUCGAGACUCAUCAGACCAGGCAACGUUUUUCCAAUCUUCAAUUGUCCAAUUUCGAUGAGCUUGUGCAAAUUGUAGCCUCAGUUUCCUGUUCUUAGCUGAAAGGAGUGGCACCCGGCGUGGUCUUCUGCUGCUGUAGCCCAUCUGCCUCAAAGUUCGACGUACUGUGCGUUCAGAGAUGCUCUUCUGCCUACCUUGGUUGUAACGGGUGGUUAUUUGAGUCAAUGUUGCCUUUCUAUCAGCUCGAACCAGUCUGGCCAUUCUCCUCUGACCUCUGGCAUCAACAAGGCAUUUCCGCCCACAGAACUGCCGCUCACUGGAUAUUUUUUCUUUUUCGGACCAUUCUCUGUAAACCCUAGAGAUGGUUGUGCGUGAAAAUCCCAGUAGAUCAGCAGUUUCUGAAAUACUCAGACCAGCCCUUCUGGCACCAACAACCAUGCCACGUUCAAAGUCACUCAAAUCACCUUUCUUCCCCAUACUGAUGCUCGGUUUGAACUGCAGGAGAUUGUCUUGACCAUGUCUACAUGCCUAAAUGCACUAAGUUGCCGCCAUGUGAUUGGCUGAUUAGAAAUUAAGUGUUAACGAGCAGUUGGACAGGUGUACCUAAUAAAGUGGCCGGUGAGUGUAUGAGCUAUUAUAAGAUACAUGGCCUUUUUCUCUUUUGCACAUAUUAGUCAUACGCAAACCUCAAUCCCAUUGCAAUACUCUUGUCAACAUAUUAACUUCUGUUGCUCUCCCCCUGGAUAUUUACACAUUUUGAGUCUAUCCUGAGGAUCUUGUGUUGUUUUCCUGCAGAAAUCCAUCUCUUCUUCCAUGGCUGAGCCAGAGUUCCUUAUGACAGACUUUGCCAAGUUUGACCGUCCAGGGCAGCUGCAUGUGGGCUUCCAGGCUAUCCAUGCCUUCCAGAAGAAACACAACCACCUUCCUGCACCUUGGAGCCAGGUAAACAGUCUCAGAUAUUACCAUGGCUGGAAAUGAUUAUAUUAAUGAUCGAUUUGUGACACCUUGUGGCCCAAAAUAACGAGCUGAAUGAUAUUACAGGCAGAUGGUGAUGAGUUUUUGGCCUUGGCUAAAGAGGUGAACUCUGCCCAGACGGGUUCGGCCAAGGUGGAGCAGUUGGAUGAAGCUCUUAUCAAAAAACUCUCUUACGUCUCUGCUGGUGACCUGGCCCCUCUCAACGCCUUCAUUGGGGGUCUGGCUGCACAGGAAGUGAUGAAGGUAGGUCACUCUAACAGUAACCCUCAGUCACAGUGUGUUUUGAAGUUGAGUUUGCUCAGGUAAUAGAUUAUCAGUGUAGUUGUCGUUUUAGUUUCUUGGAAUUAGACAUGCCUGGACAUGCGCUGCAGUAACCUGUUAAACCACCUGGAUUGUCUUUUAUGUGUCAUACAUGCUGAGAUUGACAUGCUCUGUGUUCUAGGCGUGCACAGGAAAGUUUAUGCCCAUCAUGCAGUGGCUGUACUUCGAUGCUCUGGAGUGCCUGGCUGAGGAGGACGGCGUUAUCCUAACGGAAGAAGAGUGCGCCCCUGUAAGGCUCUUCACACUCAAACGCUCAUGACUGAUAACCGUAAUGGUGAUCUAUUGUUUCUUUAAUCUGUUUAUCUGUCUUGUCUCCUCUUCCCAGAGGAACAGCCGAUAUGACGGACAGAUUGCUGUGUUUGGCACCAAGCUGCAGGAAAUGCUUGCCAAGCAGCGCUACUUCCUGGUGAGUUGGCCAAUGGAAAAUUUCCUGGUACCUUCUUGGGCAUCCUGUUGCUAAGGGAGAUUGGAAAGAUAAGUCUAGUGAUACCAUAAAUAUAUAUUUAUUGUCAACAAUCCUCCAUUGAGAAACAGACUUGUGCCUCAUGUAUGAUUGGGUAGGUAGACUUUUGGAAAGACGUAAAGAAAUAAAAACUGGUUACCAAGAUACAGACUUUUUUUUUUUUUUUGAUUAAGGAUUGGAGUUAUUUGUGCAAACAAACCAAUGUUGAACAAGGAAAUUAAAUGUACUGGAUACAGGAUAAAAGGCUACUUAUCUUGUAUCUGUGUUUUGAGUUGAUUCCUUUGUAAGCCGGAGUUAGUUCCUCUGAUAGGCCGUAUGCACAGAAAAUCGUCUCUCUCUUCAAGUGACUGGAGCAAACAUUUCCAUUUUCAUUAAGAGCAGUGAUGUUUCUAGGUAUGUGCCCUGCAUCUCUUCCACAGUCAUUAUCUGAAAGGACCUUGUAAACUAGCUACCCCUGCUUAUGGUACAGCAAUUAACAGAGCAGGGAUGAGGCUCAAUCUCUAAACUUAUUAUUGAAGCUAUAAUUCUUUGCUACCCUCCUCAGCCUCUAACUAAGCUUGCUAAUAAAUGAAGAAAGUUUGAUGAUUGUAUAAACAUCCCCAUCUGUUCUUAUUGGUCCUUAUUCACAGAAGAUGAGCUGUGGCAGCUUGUCUUGUUUGUGUGCUCAGUUUCGUACAACAGUUUCACUUCAGUCAGUCGUUAUCAUAGAGGGUUAGCUCAUCAAGUGAAAGCCUGCUGUCAUAAACAUACAAUGUUUAUUGGGUUGUGGGCUUUGGAUCCACACUGAGAUCUGUGUGUAGCAGACAGUAAGAUGAUUAUCAAUAAAUGUCUGCUUGCUAGCAUUUGCUGUUGUUAGCUUUCACACCAAUUAAGUCUGUUUAGCUUUUUAGAGCUGAAUUUAGAAUAUGAAGUGCUUAACAAAAUCAACAACACAGGCAUGAUUGUUAUAAUGUUGAUCUUUGAGUCUGUUUACUCCCUUUUAAAGCAGACCUCCUACCUGCUCGUAUGAUAUCAUUUGAGAUGUUUAGUGACAGCCCUAGUGUACACUUGCUGGUCAGUAACCGUCAUACUUUGUGGAUACUUUGUGGUGUGGAUAUGCACGUCCUGUGGACCAGUGAGCCUGGUGCAGAGUAAGAGAGGAAAGAUUUAGAUGCUGAUGUUGAAGCUUAUUUUCCUCUGUGGAUUGUGGUUUGACACCUGCCCUCCGAUCACUGUUGGUGUGCUAAAUUACAGGAUUAAUUUUAAACCAGCUCCCUCAGUGUGUUGUGGGUCAACUGAGUCAAAAGCCGCACCCUUAAAGGUUAACUCUGGUCUCCCAUGGAUACGAUGGGCCUCAGCAUGUAAUAUGUACAGCACCCCUGGGUGUUAGGUCAAGAAAAUCAAUCAGCCAUGUGCACAUCUGUGAGAAUGGGGUUCAGUAUUUACAAAUGAAAGCCAAGCCACAAGGUUUCAUAAAACACACUUUUGUGUGGGAUGACAUUGAAAUUGUGGUGUACUUAUAUUCACAUAGAAAACACACCAAAUGUAUAAUUAUUGAUGUGCUGGGAAGAGUUAAGUAACAAUUAAACGAAACAUUUUUGACUCUAAAGGUUGAUUUUUCUUUAAAUUAGGGAACAACCAGCCUAUCAUUUUAAUAUCCAGAGCUGUAACACAGAUUCUGUAUCAUUCUCCAUCUUUGUAUUUAUACAGUAUGUCCUGUGAAAGGAAACAAAAAACCGGAUAAAAUGUAUCACUAUAAUUAUAUAAGGGUAUUUAAUCAUUCUAUUUAGCUACAAGAAUUUAAUUUCAAGUCAGAAAUCUAAUAGAUGAGUUUAUAAUUAAAAGGUUUUCAUUGAGGCACUUACAUAAAUGAAUACUUGUUUGAAUAAAUCAGUUGCUUAUAAAUAAUAAUUGUUCUUUUUUAUAAGAGACUUGUUAAAUUUCCCAGGGUACCUAAGAACUUGCUACUUUGAAAAGCUGUCUUGUAAAUUUUAACUGAGAGGUUUUUGUAUUCCAGGUGGGAGCCGGAGCGAUCGGCUGUGAGCUGUUGAAAAACUUUGCCAUGAUUGGCCUGGCGAGCGGUGAGGGUGAGGUCAUCGUGACAGACAUGGACACCAUCGAGAAGUCCAACCUCAACAGACAGUUCCUCUUCAGACCCUCAGAUGUUACGGUCAGUAUGAGCUUUCUGUGCAAUAAUAAAGUGAUGCUUGGCUUGUGCUCAGUAUGUAUCUUGUGUUGGUCUUAACUACUCUGUAAUGCCUGACCUCUGCAGAUAGAUGAUAUUGAACUGCGUCAAAAAGGAGAAACAGCAUGUCUUGGGGUCACACUUGCUCCCUUUUGAUGUAUUAGACAAGGAUGGAAUUCCUCAGGAUUGAUUCAGAAUUCCAGAUUUUCCAACCUAGAGGCAACAGACCUUGACUAAUCUCGUGACUGUAAAACACCACAUCUAAAAAGAAGGAAGGUAUAAGUUAUUUAGUAAAAAAGGUAGAAUCUCUUUCUAUAAAGGCUGAAAUGUGGGGGCAUACUUUUCAUGUCCUAGUAUCUGUACUAAAGAUUGCGAUGAACUCAGCCUGAUGUUCCUAACUCAGAAGUGGUGACUCAUGUCAGAGGUUUGUGCCUCUUGAUGGUGCUGUGCAUUAACUUCAAAGCCUUCAGAUAAUAGCACAGUAAAUAACAGAUACAAAGUGCUAAUCGAAGCUGUAUUAUACUGUCUUGUUUCUGUGUGUCUUUAUAACCACCUUAAAUGUCACUGAGGUUCAGAACUAGAUGGUCUAAUCCAUCUUCUAGAAAAUCAGCACUCAUUUACGGUGAAAUAAAAAGUGACUUGCAAGCAUUUCUUCUCUCCUCUCUAUCUCUAUCAAUUAUUCCUAUUCAAAAACAAAAAGAAAAAUCUAUCCUUUGUUUUUUAACAGAUCUAGAUUUUUUUUACACUAUUGCAAAGCUUGUGAUGCUAUAAGAUAAGAGAUUCCUUUAAUAGUCCCACAGGGGGAAAUUCCAAAAUUACAGCAGCAUAAAUACAGAAACAACAGGAGAAAUUAAAGGCUAAAGAAACAAAGAGUUAAAAGAGAAAGAUUUGUACAUGAGUUUUAUUUACUAUAUACAUAUGUGCAGAAUAUACAUGAUAUGAUUUAUGAUACUGUAUUUGUAUACUCUUUAAUUGCACGUUUUCUUUGGCUCAUCUGCAUUGCUAUCGUUAUUAUUUUAAGAACUCACUGUCAAUACUUUUGUGUAAAUAUUGAAACAGAAAAUGAAGAGCGACACCGCCGCUGCAGCCGUGAAGCAGAUGAAUCCCUCCAUCAGGAUCACCGGUCACCAGAACAGGGUUGGCCCCGACACAGAGAGGGUCUAUGAUGACGACUUCUUUGAAAGCCUUGACGGAGUGGCCAAUGCACUGGAUAACGUCGACGCACGUAAGAGCCGGCCGUUUUGAUUGUUUGUAAUCAAAUUGUUGGAAAUCAAAUUCAACAUUUAAGCCGUACAUUUUGUCUUCUGUGUGAAGGUAUGUACAUGGAUCGGAGGUGCGUGUACUACCGUAAACCCUUACUGGAAUCAGGUACUCUCGGCACCAAAGGCAAUGUCCAGGUUGUGAUCCCGUUCCUCACAGAGUCAUACAGCUCCAGCCAAGACCCACCUGAGAAGUCCAUCCCCAUCUGCACCCUCAAGAACUUCCCGAAUGCCAUCGAACACACGCUGCAGGUCGGUUUGGUUUAUUUUGUUAAACAGGAACAUUAAAAAGCUUUUCUUGUUGUAUUCAUUAUUCAUUCAAACAUGAAAACUUAAUCAGACUACCUCUGAGAAUGUGUAAUGUUAGUUUUAGAUUUAGAGGAUAAAGGGUUAAUCAUGACUAUCAUGAUCAUACACUAAUGCUGCCCCUCUUUUGUUGUACUCUGAGUGGAAUACUAAUCCCUCCUCAACUUUGACUGUGUGCAGUGGGCCCGUGACGAGUUUGAGGGACUAUUCAAACAGCCACCAGAGAAUGCCAUGCAGUACCUCACGUGAGUCUCCUUCAUUUCCUUUCUAAUUAAAUUUUAAAAGUUUACAAAGACUUCUUUUGAAAUGACUUCAUCAGCCUGUAAAGUUCUUAAUAGUUACGUGUCCAACUCUGAGAACAUUUUCUGAGUGACCCCUGCUUCCAGAUGACCAAAAAGUGGCAGCUUCUCAGAUGUGUAAAACCAGAUCACGAGGUUUACCCUCAUUGUUUCCGCAGAGAUCCAAAGUUCAUGGAGCGCACUCUGAAGCUUCCCGGAGCUCAGCCCGUGGAGGUGCUGGAUGCUGUUCACAAGAGUCUUGUCACGGAUUGCCCCCAUAGCUGGGCUGCCUGCGUAGCUUGGGCACGAAACCACUGGCAGGUCCAGUACAGCAACAACAUCCGCCAGCUUCUGCACAACUUCCCCCCAGAUCAAGUAAAUACUGAGCUCACAGCAUGAUGACUGUCAAGUUUUCUCUCUCUGGUCUUAUUGCCUGUUUUCAUGUAGACAUUACAUCUCCUUGUUGCUUAUUUUAUUGAUGUUGUGUCAGUUUGAUAUAUUCAGAUUUUAUUUCUGCACUCAGCCUCUUCUUGUCUUUUCACAACUCUGCUAUAUCAUCUCAUCUUUUGCCAGCAUAAUAAGCUGCUAUUCAGUGCUUUAGUUGCUGUUGCUAUUGAACUAAAGUAAAUAGACAAACUGAAAGAUGUCUUCCGCUUAUGUCUUGUAACCGGCAUUGUUGUAAAGGUCAGAUCUUAUCUGUUUCUGCUCUGCUGUGAAGCUGGGGUGCAUGUCUUUGAGCGCACAUCAAAUGGAGGAAAUAAUCUAGCAUUCAGUGAGACUCGGCAGCGACUUGAGUGAAUAUCAGAGCUCCUAAUGUCUGUUAUGAAACUAAAGAGGUGAUUUAAAAGAUGAUGUGACUGCUCUAUGUUGUCGUGAAGUGUCUGCGUGUCGUGUGGAGACAGCACCAUGGAUAGAAAGACAACUAGAACCUCCACAAUCCAAAGUGGGGAAUUUAACGUCCAUCUCUUUAAUCCGUUUGACCUUUUGGCUCCUUCCUGGAUAUCUAGCCUUUCUUUUAAGUCUAGUUAAUCGGUAUUAUUGAACACACCUCUGCUGCUACCACCUGCUCGACAAUCAUACUGCAUAUACAAGUGGCUGUCAGACUCUUUUCACAUUCUAGUUUAAAAUAUUUCCACACUGCUGGCAUUUUAGCCAUGGACUUGCUACUGUAACGGUUUUGACUUGGCUGGCCUGAGCAACCGCAUGAACUGAUUGGCUAAAAUUGCUGAUCACUCAUCAUCAAAAUGUCAUGGUUGGCUCCUAUCUGAUCACUGAGAUCGGGAUCCAGGCAUUCCUUUGCAACAGCUCUAGCUCAGUUUACAAUUAAAUUAGCAAGUGAAGUUUUGUAUUCAAGCGUCAGUCUUAGGUGUAGCACUUCAACAUGUUUUGCCAAGUUUAAAACAAUCACAAAAUUAAAAAAGAAACAUGACAGUUAACAAUAUAACCAGCAUUAGAUAUAAAAUAGUUUGAAAUAAUUGAUCAAGAAAGUCAAGUUUGGCCGUCUGUCUAGAUCAGUGGUUCUCAAGUCCAGUCCUCGAGGCCCACUGUCCUGCAUGUUUUGGAUGUUUCCCCUGCUCCAACACACCUGAUUCAAAUGAUCAGCUCGUUAUCAAGCUCUGGUAUGGCUUACUAACGAGCUGAUUAUUUGAAUCAGGUGUGUUGGAGCAGGGAAACAUGCAGGACAGUGGGCUUUGAAGACUGGACUUAAGAACCACUGGUCUAGAUAUCCUUGUUGAGUUUGUAUGCAUUUGUUGAGUCAAGCUCAGGUCUGUUUUUUCAGACUUGGUGCAGAAAGUGCCGGUCUCUCUGCAGACCUUGGGUAUUAUCUUUUUGUUCAUCUCUGUAUCUGUCAUUUUCCUACUGUUGUCUGUCUUACAUAGGUGUAAACAAUUAAAAAAUGCUGCAACAUUUUACAUAAGAUUUUCCAGCACGAUCCUUUCUGAAGUUUUGCGUAUGAUUGUACUGAACACCUCCAUAUAAUCUCUUUCAGCUCACCAGCUCUGGUGCCCCCUUCUGGUCUGGCCCAAAGAGAUGUCCUCACCCACUAGAUUUCAGCACUAGUAAUGUAAGUUUGAUUUGAUUUGGUUUCUUAAGUAUUGCAACUCUCUGCUCUAAUUUUUAAUCAACUCCAAAGGUAAUAAUUGACUUGAUCUUUUGUAGGAGCUGCACAUGGACUACGUCAUGGCAGCAGCCAACCUGUAUGCGCAGACGUACGGCAUUCAGGGCAGCACUGAUCGUGCAGCUGUGAUCAAGAUCUUACAAGAGGUUAAGGUGCCAGUUUUUACUCCUCGAUCAGGGGUCAAAAUCCACGUGUCUGACCAGGACCUGCAGAACAGCAAUUCCUCUGUUGGUAAGUACACAAUUUCAAAGCACUCAGAGUAACUGUUGAUGUCAAUGUUGAUAUGUUGAUUUAACUGGUCUUUCAUGUGUGUAGAUGACUCCAGACUGGAGGAGCUGAAGGUCCAGCUGCCUUCCCCUGAGUCUUCCCAGUUCAAGCUCUGCUCCAUCGACUUUGAGAAGGUACUCCCUGUCCUCGGUUCAAAUUGUCCAUUUAAUUCUGAAUUAACUUUUAGUCUCGAGUUCAUCAUUGCACGGCACUAAUCAUUGUCCUGCUUUCCUUUCUCUGGUGGAUAUCUGACAUUAAAAGGAUGACGACACCAACUUCCACAUGGACUUCAUCGUAGCAGCAUCCAACCUGAGGGCAGAGAACUACGACAUUCCCCCUGCAGACAGACACAAGGUGGGGGACAGAUCUUCGAUCUAAGAACCAAAACAACAUCCUGUCUGACUUGACUUACUCAUGUUCUCUUCUUUACUGCUUGUUGUAAUUCUUUCAACUUUGUUUUAUUCCACUUUAGAGCAAACUGAUAGCGGGCAAGAUCAUCCCCGCUAUCGCCACCACCACGGCUGCAGUGGUCGGCCUUGUGUGCCUGGAGCUCAUCAAAAUUGUCCAAGGACACAAGAAGCUGGAGACAUUCAAGAACGGCUUCAUGAACUUGGCCCUGCCUUUCUUUGCCUUUUCCGAGCCCAUCGCCGCUCCCAAGCACAAGGUAGACAGACAGACAGCUGUAAAUAUUAAAUCUGAGCCUCUAUGAGCUGCUGAGAUGACAAAAUGUUAACUAUUCAACUUGUUGGCCUUGAAUACAAAUUUAGGGUUUUUUUGUGCUCCAAUGAUGAUCCAGCCAUGCUAAUACUGAUGCACCAGGCAAAUAGACUAUCUGCCUGGGUGCAAGUGAGUUCAACUCACCUUCUCACGCUGAUGGUAUCAGUGUGUGCUGAGGAGAAAAUAAACCAUGUAGCUGUAAAUGCAUUUUUGCAAAGCACCGUCCUGUAUGUUUUCUUCCUCCCUCUGAAUCCUUCUUUGUUUUUGCAGUACUAUGAGAUCGAAUGGUCCUUGUGGGAUCGCUUUGAGGUCACAGGGUUGCAGCCCAAUGGGGAGGAGAUGACACUCCGACAGUUCUUGGACUACUUCAAAGUACGUUCUCUCCCUCCCUGACUGAUCUCUUCUCCAUGUUACCAUCAGAUGUCAGCAGAGUUGGCAUUUAAAAUUCUGUCUUUUUCAGAAUGAGCAUAAGUUGGAGAUCACCAUGCUUUCUCAGGGAGUGUCCAUGCUGUAUUCAUUCUUCAUGCCUGCUGCCAAACUCAAAGAGAGACUGGACCUGCCGUAAGUAUUCCAUCAACAUGGACAUACCUAAUGCUGCGUUUCAGUUACCUAGGAAGUCAGAUGUCGGAGCUGAAAAUGACGUCACACCAGAGUUCCCUGCGUUUCAGAUACCAAGUCGGAAAAGCAAAAUUGGAGGCCUGAAACAAGAUGGCUACAUCUACGAAAGUUUUUUUAGCGCUUGCCAUGUCCCAAUAUAAAACAAGCUUCGUAGCUGUAGCCAUCUUGUUCCUGCCUCUGAUUCAGCUUUUUUCCGACUUGGUAACUGAAACGCUGGUAACUCAGGUGUGACGUCAUUUUCAGCUCUGACUAACGCAGCGUAAGUGUCCAGUAUGAGUGUUUGUUUGUUUUUAAACUAACUAUUUUUGUCUGUGUGUUCUUGCAGGAUGACGGAGAUUGUCACCAAGGUUUCCAAAAAGAAGCUGGGCAAGCACGUGAAAGCGCUGGUGUUCGAGCUCUGCUGUAACGAUCUGUCAGACGAAGACGUGGAAGUGCCCUAUGUCAGAUACACCAUCCGUUGAGCUCCACAUUGAACCCACCCAAAAGGGAGGGUGGGGAUGGCAGGAGGGAGACCGGGGUGGGGUGUUCUAAGUGAUAAAGUUGAGGUGGGGGGGGAUUUUGGGGUGGGUGAGUUGAUCCAGAUCAGUUCUACUGGAUCAAUCAGUUUUUUUUAAGGCCUGUGGUUUGUGUAAACCUGUGCCUGAGUGUACAUAGCCCCCGUAAGCUGAUUUAAGGAUACCUGUAUGUGUGUUAGGGAUCCAGUUGGUGCUCGGCUGUGGGAACAGGAGCGUCACUGGAAGAAGGGAGCAUGUAUACUGGACCUUUUGGUGAUUCUCAGUAGCAGAACCUCUCCGCUGAGUUAAAAUCUAAGCCUUAGUGUUCUCUUGGCACUCCCUCUGUAACCUCUGAAACACUCUCAUACUCUUUACUAGCCUUCAGCACUAAAGGAGGGACCUUUAAUCCAGUCUCCCCUCCAGUUUAUGUGCUCUCUUCGUUCCUCUGACCCUUGUCUCGUAGACCUGGUCCCAAAUCACUGUUUUUUAUUUCAAUGAUGCACCUCAUUAAAAAGAAGCUCAGCCAAGAUUCCUUGAGAUAUUGUCACACUUGACCCCCCUCGCUCUCCCCCAGGCCAUUUCACUGCCCUUAGCUCUACGUGAGACCCCAAAUUUAAAGGCAUAGAAACACCUAAAGAUGCAGCAAACCAACCCUGAGUCAAAAGCCUCUCCUGACGGGAGAUUAUAUGUAAAUCUCACUAUGCCGCCGCCAGUUUAAGGCGCUCCCUCACCUCAUCCAGCACCCUGUGGCUUCGGAGGGGCUCUUGCACAUGAUAUCAGUUCUCUCUUUAUUCUCUUAUUUCAUGUGUUUAGUUAAUUUCUAUUUUAUUUCGAGGGGUGGGGGUGGACAAGGAUUCGGCGCACACACCUACAUCAUAAACUGUCUUCUUUCUACUUUGUUAAACUAAAAGACAUCACAGUAUAAGAACAAGGCAAUGAGAUGUAUCUUGAAAUGAGAGCACUUAGUGUGAUAGUGAAUAAACAUGUAAAAACAUUCCUUAA